GACCCGGAAGUGGCCGUGAGGCGCCGGAGCCCGAGCGCCGCGAGUCUCGCCCCGUUCCCGCUCUCUGGUUCCCGUUCCCGUUCCCGGCUUCUUAUCCGUUCCUGGGCUUGUUCCCGGUCCCGCUCCCGCCAUGGCCACCGCGCGGGCACCGGCGGCUCGCGGCGGGGCCCGGCCCCCCGAGCCCCCCAAGGCCAAGGCAGCCGAGGAGGCCGAGGCUCCCCCGGCCAAGCGGGCGCCCAUCUUCUACGGGAGCCUGGAGGAGAAGGAGCGCGAGCGCCUGGCCAAGGGCGAGGCCGGGCUGCUGGGCAAGGAGGGCAUGAAGGCAGCCAUGGAGGCUGGCAACAUCAACAUCAGCACUGGGGAGGUGUUUGACCUCGAGGACCACAUGAGCGAGCGGCAGGCCGAGGUGCUGGCGGAGUUCGAGCGGCGCAAGCGCGCGCGGCAGAUCAACGUGUCCACGGACGACUGCGAGGUCAAGGCGUGCCUGAGGGCCCUGGGGGAGCCCAUCACGCUCUUCGGAGAGGGCCCUGCGGAGCGCAGGGAGAGGUUAAGGAACAUCCUCUCAGUGGUUGGCACAGAUGCAUUAAAGAAGACCAGGAAAGACGAUGACAGGUCCAAAAAGUCCAAAGAAGAGUAUCAGCAAACCUGGUACCACGAGGGCCCACGCAGUCUGAAAACAGCCAGGCUGUGGCUGGCCAACUACUCCCUCCCCAGGGCAGCAAAGAGGCUGGAGGAGGCUCGGCUGCUCAAGGAGAUCCCUGAGGCCACCAGGACAUCCCAGAGGCAGGAGCUGCACAAAUCCCUGAGGUCCUUGAAUAACUUCUGCAGCCAGAUCGGGGACGAUCGCCCGCUGUCCUACUGCCACUUCAGCCCCAACUCCAAACUGCUGGCCACAGCCUGCUGGAGUGGGCUGUGCAAGCUCUGGUCUGUGCCUGACUGCAACCUGGUUCACACCUUACGAGGACACAGCACCAACGUGGGGGCCAUCGUGUUCCACCCCAAGGCCACGGUGUCCCUGGACAAGAAGGACGUGAGCCUGGCCUCGUGUGCAGCUGAUGGCUCUGUCAAACUCUGGAACCUGGAAAGUGAUGAGCCCGUGGCAGACAUCGAGGGACACAGCAUGAGAGUGGCCCGAGUGAUGUGGCACCCCUCAGGGAGGUUCCUGGGCACCACCUGCUACGACCACUCGUGGCGCCUGUGGGACCUGGAGGCGCAGGAGGAGAUCCUGCACCAGGAGGGGCACAGCAAGGGCGUCUACGACAUCGCCUUCCACACCGACGGCUCCCUGGCUGGCACCGGAGGCCUGGAUGCCUUUGGCCGGGUGUGGGACCUGCGCACAGGCCGCUGUAUCAUGUUCCUGGAAGGGCACCUGAAGGAGAUCUACGGAAUCAACUUCUCCCCAAACGGGUACCACGUGGCCACGGGCAGUGGGGACAACACCUGCAAGGUGUGGGACCUGCGGCAGAGGAAAUGCAUCUACACCAUCCCCGCCCACCAGAACCUGGUCACCGGCGUCAGGUUUGAACCCAACCACGGGAAUUUCCUGCUCACGGGCGCCUACGACAACACGGCCAAGAUCUGGACCCACCCUGGCUGGUCCCCCCUGAAGACACUGGCGGGGCACGAGGGGAAGGUGAUGGGCCUGGACAUCUCCCUGGAUGGGCAGCUCAUUGCCACCUGCUCCUACGACAGAACCUUCAAGCUCUGGACAGCUGAGUAGCUCAGAGGGACAGGUUAUGGACUGGGACAGGGACAUUCAGGACUUUUGGCUGCUUUUUUAUAUUAAAAAAACAAAACAGGGA